AGAAAGCUUUUUGAUAUCUAUGUCAAAGGAAAGAAGAAAUAUAUGAAUAUUUUUUUCUUUUCUAGCACACAUGAAGAACAUGCCAACAGCUCCUAUGCAACUUUUGUGACAUCCCCCCACCUCUUGCUACAAGAAUUCACUAACUCAGUUCAUAAUCUUCCACAUAUAAAGCUCCAAAUAUCAUUUGCUUAUGUAUUAAUAUAAAUUUCUUUCAUUUGUAUGACUCUGGGUCUGAGCUCAGAAUUAUUGUCAUAGCCUUCUUCUUUUGACUCAGAAAACCAUUGAGCAAUAUUGGAUUAGAUUUCCCUCUAAUUCUUUAAUUUUCAGAUAAAAUGGCCAUUGAUAUGCGCUCUUCUGACAGUUCAGACUUGAUCACAAGUCCUCGAAUUUCGUUCUCUUAUGAUCUUUGCCAAAUUGAAGAUUGUCAGCUUCCAGUGUCAGACUCCACGUACCGCAGAGACUCUACACUGGUUGACUCAAACCAUGAUCAUUUUAAUUUCUCCUUUAGUGAAAUCGUCGAUAACCAAGCAUCAUCAGCAGAUGAGCUAUUCUUCGAUGGCCUACUUCGUCCUCUUCAACCUGGUGAAAAGUAUUCUAGUAGGAAAACCACGUCUCUUCCUCCACUUCCACCUUCCACCAACGAAUGCUCAUCAAAGGAGAUAACGACGAAUGUUGUUGAAUCAGAGCAAAAGCAUCACUCAAAGUCCUUUUGGAGGGGGAGAAGAAGUAACAGUGUUCAAUGUGAUAACUCUCAUAAAAAGAGCUCAUUCUGGUCACUACCUCUUCUGUUACGAAGCAACUCUACUGGAUCAGUUACACAUAGUCAAAGACACGUGUCAAAGGAUAUUCAGAAACAAAGCUCUCGUAAACAGCCAAAACAUACUUCUUCUAGUCGUUAUACUUAUGAACUGUCCCAGAAGCCUCCAUCGAAGAAGAACAAUAGAGGAUCUUAUAGUGGUGGUGCUUAUAUCAGCCCUGUUUUAGACAUGCCACCUCCUUAUAUUGGCAAAGGAACUGCUUUUAAUCUCUUCGGCUUUGGCUAUCUCUUUCGCAACAAAAAGGAGAAGAAGAACAAUCCAAAAUAUGAAGAAACAGUUUAGGCGGGCGUCCGGUUCGAUCGCCAGAAGAGCAAUACGGAUUUAAGUGGGUGUCCAUGACGGUGAGAUAUUGUGCUACUCACCUUCCGGGAUUAGUUAAGCUUCGCGCAAGUUGGACUGGAAUCCUAUAUAAUAUUAAAAAAAACAUAAAUAUAGUCAAUCUCUCGUUUAGAGAAGGCAGCUACUGUCACCUGGAUGGCCACUUCUUUUAUUUAAAUACAAAUAUCCUCCCUUUUUGUACCAUAAAUUUUUUUCAAGUUUCUAUAACACCCUGUCUGGCAUUGUAAUUUUUUAUCUUAACAGCAUUUCUCUUUUUGAAGCUUAA